CACUUAGGAUUUUCAGCAUCAGCUUCUCUUUGUUUUGUGUGACCUUAUUAAAAUGUAUUAACUGACAUAUUUUCUCUGUCUGAGGGAUGUGAGCACACAUCCUGUCCAGUGUUGUCUCUUUAAAAUCGAUUGUGCGUGUUGACCUAUUAAAGCACUGUUAAGCAAAUUGUGUUUUUGAACGAUGUCCCAGUGUCCUCUCUGCCAACAGCCAAGACUAACUGCUAAAAGUGGCCUUCUCAAUGGCCGCCUCAGCUUCCUCUGAGUGGGCGCCAUCUUACUGUUUCCCUUGGAGGCAGGACGACGCUGUGGGGAGCCAGUCCGCUGUCUUCCAAGUGUUGCUGGCUGAACUAAUAUCAAAGGCAGCAGAGGCCCAGUGGGACCUUGGCCUGCCCUCAAACAACAUCAUGGAUCUCACUGCAGACUCUGGGACACUCCCUACCCACACCACUGUAGGAGGACUUGCGUUGGAGCAGGAGCUGUCUCUGUCCAGCACUUGUUGUCAAACAGAAAGCGGAGGCUCCAUCUUACUGCAGCUGUUGGAAUUUAAAAUGCAUCUUCUUGAGGUUGUAGAGGAGCUGCAUAUACGGAGGCAUGCAGAGACACGCUUCGAGGAUCAGAUCAGUACGCUGGUGUUGGAGAAACAGGAGCUGGAGUGGGAGAAGGAAUCCCUACAGCAUCAAAGUGAAACCAUGGCGAACCAGCACACAGAGUCAAUAAUGAAUGUUAGGAAGCAGUUUCAGGCCAAAAUAAGACACAUUGAGGAGGAGAAGGGCAAACACCAGGUCAGUGCUGAGCUAAAAGACAAGGAGAUUAACAACUUGAAAGGAGAGUUGAAGUCGCUACAGUUGCUGAAGUAUAACUUGGAGAAGAAAUCAAGCGAGCUGGAACAGAAACUGGUGUUGCAGAACAGGUCGAAAGACAACCAUUUGAACCAGCUGGUGGAGAUUGAGAAACGAUUCAGCGCUCUGUCGAGACAAUGUGCCAUGGUCAAGCAGGCCCAUGAGACACUAGAGCAGAAUGUUGAUGAGGCCAUGAAAAGAAAUAAGAAAUUGACUUCUGCAAAUGAAAAACUAGAAGCAACUAUUGUAUCACUGAAGAAGGAAUUGGAGGAGGUCAAUAGCAAUCUGAUCAAGGUCAAGAUGUCUUCAGUUAGACUUGAUAAGAACCCCAGUCCAACAGGCAGAGAGCAGCGUAUACAGCAGCUGCACCAGAAACUGACUAUGGAAACUGAAAUGAACAAGCAGCUCACGGAAGAAAAUGUAGCUGGACGAGCAGAAAAACAGGAGGUGAUGAGGUCUUUGCAGCAUACCCAGCAGCUGUUGUUGACUCAGACACAGACAGUAAGCAGAGUAGAGCUGGAGCUGCAGAUGCAAAGAGAACAGUACCAGGCCCUUAAGCAGGAACAUGAGGUGAUGCGAGAGAAAAGCAAGGCAACGGAAGACAAGGUGGUCCAACUGAUGGAGAGCUACACUGCUUCCAAGACCAGCUGGGACAAAGAGAAGGAGGUGUUUCUGGAUCGCAUCGAGAGUGAGCAACAGGAACUUCAAGCACUGAAGGAAGCUUAUGACAAACUUCAUCAGAAAUACACUGACCUGUCCUCACAGGCCAAAGUGCAGGCUCAGCAAAUUUGUGAACUAGAGAGGAGGGACAGCAGUCAGAGCCUCAGUGUUUCUACCCAUCUCUUUCCCACUUUUGUGGACGAAACAAGAGGAGAGGAAACCUAUAAUGAACACAUCUCCAGCUCUGAGCCACCUGUCUUUGGCAGCCUGCAGCACUUGGCCUCGUCUCAGACCAAGAAGCCAGACUGUCUUAAUGAGACAGAUGUGAUGACUCAGCCAGUAGUCACUGGAUCACCUGGAGAGCAAGAAAUCCCAAUCCCCCAUCAACAGUCUCAAUUUAAACAGUCCCUAAACACAUCAAACCUUGAUACCUGCGCACUUAACAACAACCUUUUCAACCGCUGUUGUCAAUCUGGAAUAACAGGCAGUGACAGCAGCGUGUCAAACAAACACAUCAAAAACUCUACUCGUCAGAGUGAUCCUGAUGUAGUUUCAGAUUUAAUUGACACUGCUUCCUCUGGGUCUGCUAAUGGUCCACUGAUUAGCAGAGGUAGCAAUGUGAGCAACACCUCAGGUGCAUCAGUUUCUGGUUACAUAUCUGUUGAUGGAUCUGGAGACUUACUGAGCAAAGAAAAGAGUGACGGAGGUGAGAAAGAACUGGGAUGGAAAGAUGAGGUGGAACAUGGAAGAAGCACCAGAGAAGAGGAGACAACAAGUGGGAUGCAGCAGUGGAAUAAAGUAGAAGUCCUAGGAGAAAAUGUAAAAUUGGGAAGAAGCACUACAGAAACGAGAGGAAUGCUCAUGGCCAAAACAGCAGAUAGAAGAGAGGAUAUCCAGCGGUCAACAGAGGAUUCAAGGGACACCAAACAGCCUAAAAGGGAAGCAAAAGAAGGAGAAGGAACAUAUAGAGUGGAGGAGAGAGGGAAGACAGGGUCACACACUCCAGAAAUGCAGAUACCGGCCCAGACGAUUACUGAUACAACUACUAAGAAGAGCCACGCACAGCAGGUCAUUGACUUCAUGGACACAGAGUCACCACUGACUGCCUCUGAGUCCUCAGACUUUUCGAAGAGUCUGUCUCACAAUGUCAGUGUGAUGGUUGCUGACUACAGGCUUGUGAACACAGCAUAUGAAUUGAGAAGAGAAGUACAUGCCUUCCGCUCUGAUGAGCACCAAAAUGCCAAUGAUGGACACUGUCAUGACGAGCCCCAAACCUUUGCUCAAGAUUUACUUGAUCAAGUGUAUGAGAAAACCAUGCAAGAGAUGCCAUCUGGCAAAUCCAUAGCCAACAUCCCCACUGAAGUUUUUGAACAUCUGAAUCAGUCAAGUGUUGGAAACUCACAGACCAAUACUGUGGCAUUACCUACUCAGUCAAAUAAUAUUGUCAGUAUCCAAGAGUUAGAGACAAAUGCAGCACAAACACAAUCUAGUAAGCCUUCCGUCAUUACCAGAAACAUGGAGCAAACAGAUGAAAUAUGUGAUUCACGUUUGAGGGACGAUUGUGUGUUAGUGACAACAAUGUUUGAACUACGAGCAUCACCUCAAAGUCAGGAGACAUCAGAGCGGGAGUGUGGACAGCAGAGGUCUCUGGUAACUGAUGAUGAGGAUGGUGAUUCCAGUGCAUCUAUGAAGAGGGAAGGUCAGUCAGAUGUAGACACAAGUGAAAACGAUACCUGUGAGACUGUCCCAGAACAUGUGAAGAAAUCUGACGUAAAGAAGGCCUGCGUUGAUGCCACAAUUGAUAUGGUGACCAUUGCGCCUGAGGCUGAGACUGGCAGCUGUCAGGAGCACAUGAAACAUGAAAACUUUGAGAACACAGGAGAUGAAAAGAAGACCAAAAGAGUAGUCUGUCCAAGUCAUGAGAGUGAUGCAUCACCUGGGACCAGCAGUGCAAUAUGCUAUGUGCAGUCUACAGCAAAAGAAAUGCUGCUUGAAGACACUAACAAUGAGUCAUCUCUGCCCAGCAACACCGCUUACAAGUCAUCAUUAGACUGGAGCUGCACUCAGAGAAAAACAGGAUCUGUUGCAUCUGCGCAGAAACAAAGUGGUCCUGGUGGAUUCCUCAGACAUUCCUCCACCACAAUACCCAGGUUCCUCAAAAGCAACCAUAACAAAGUCCCCUUGGUGGUUGCCAGUGCGUCAGAUCUGUUGAAUGCCUCCAGUGUCUCUGGGACCCUGACUUCCUGGAGGAGACACCAGCAGGGAGAGUUGAAGGCCAUGGGAGAGACAGCAACAGCAGACAUGGAGAGCAGAGCUUCUCAGUCCAUCAGUUCUUUUCCAGUCCCCACAUCCUCCGUCACAGUCACCACACUACCAUGGCAGAACACCCCAGGGUGUAGCAGAGCUCCAGCUCCAGGUCCGAGUUCAGGUUUAGACUUUGAACUAUCUUGCUCCGAGGAGAGGGAAGACCAACAGUCAUCAUUCAGAGCCCAGAUCUCCAAAAUUGAACAUUUUCUCAACACAGAGAGGCUCCGUCUGCCCAAAAGACGAAGAACUGACAACUAAAACAUUAAAACUUACUGUUCUAUUAAGGGGUGCUACCCUAUCUAUGGUUCUGUAGCACAUAUUUGGUAACUGCUAGUCUAGGUUGAAAUGUUCUGAAUGUUCUUCAUAGGAGCUAUAAUUUCCUAUUCACUUUACCAUUAACAACAUUUCAAUGUUUGAUUUGACCGGAAAACUACACUAUUCAUUUGUUGUUGUGGCAUGUCAUUGUAUAACUACAGCUAGGCAGGAGAAGAGGGAGCUGAUUAUUCCAUUCAACAUUUAUAUGACCUUACUAUAUUUUAAAUAUUUAAAGAUAACGUUGUAUGUGUACAAAGCAAUGUUGAAAUGUAAACAUUAUCAUAUAUACUUUAAAUAAAACAUAUGUGUUAUAUUUAUCAUUUGUUAACUUCA